CUCGGGCCUGCUGCGUCUGGGCUCCCAGGGCGCUGAGGCGCAUCCCUCACCGUCUCCUGUGCCUCAGCUUCGCCUGCUUCGCGUUCCUAGCGGGCUGGGCGCGGGGAAGACCUGCCGGAGCCAUGGACGAUGAGGUGGUUCGCAUUGCCAAAAAGAUGGACAAGAUGGUGCAGAAGAAGAAUGCGGCCGGAGCAUUGGAUUUGCUGAAAGAGCUUAAGAAUAUUCCCAUGACUCUGGAAUUGUUACAGUCCACAAGAAUCGGAAUGUCAGUUAAUGCUAUUCGCAAGCAGAGUACAGAUGAAGAAGUUACAUCUUUAGCAAAGUCUCUCAUCAAAUCCUGGAAGAAAUUAUUAGAUGGACCAUCAACUGAUAAAGACACUGAAGAAAAGAAAAAAGAACCUUUGAUUACUUCACAGAAUAGCCCUGAAGCAAGAGAAGAAAGUAGUUCCAGUGGCAAUGUAAGCAGCAGAAAGGAUGAGACAAAUGCUCGAGAUACCUACGUUUCUUCUUUUCCUCGAGCACCAAGCACUUCUGAUUCUGUGCGGUUAAAGUGUAGGGAGAUGCUUGCUGCAGCUCUCCGAACAGGAGAUGACUACAUUGCUAUUGGAGCUGAUGAGGAAGAAUUAGGAUCUCAGAUUGAGGAAGCUAUAUAUCAAGAAAUAAGAAAUACAGACAUGAAAUAUAAAAAUAGAGUACGAAGUAGGAUAUCAAAUCUUAAAGAUGCGAAGAAUCCAAAUUUAAGGAAAAAUGUGCUGUGUGGGAAUAUUCCUCCUGACUUAUUUGCUAGAAUGACAGCAGAGGAAAUGGCUAGUGAUGAGCUCAAAGAGAUGCGGAAAAACUUGACCAAAGAAGCCAUCAGAGAACAUCAGAUGGCCAAGACGGGAGGAACCCAGACUGACUUAUUCACAUGUGGCAAAUGUAAAAAGAAGAAUUGCACUUACACACAGGUACAAACCCGCAGCGCCGAUGAACCAAUGACAACAUUUGUUGUCUGUAAUGAAUGUGGAAAUCGAUGGAAGUUCUGUUGAGUUGGAAGAAUUGGAUCUGGACCAUUAAGAAAAUGGAUUUUGUAAUUAGCUUUAAAACUAGGCCAAGCAAUUAGUUUUCCUGCAAGUCAGAUUUUUAAAAUGACAUACAUCCCACAAAUUAGUUUUUGGGUUUUGAUCUAACAUCCCUUCCUCAAAUGCCUUCUGUAGAUUCAGAUUAGUAAGAAAACCAUUCAAUAAUUGUAUGAUAUGUUUCAGUACUUCUUUUUUCAUUUUUAUAAGUAAGUUGAUAUUAAUCUUUUAUUAAUUAAACUUGACAAUUUAUUUUUAUUUUUUUCUUGAAGUGUUCUUAACUUUUUACAAAACAUACACGGUAGAAAUUGUUCUUUGUUAAUACAUAAAUAGAAAUUACUUUUUUCUUAUUGGCAUGUACCUACAAAUAUUAGAGGAAGAAAAAAGGUAAUAUAAUUUUACGUUUAACAAAUAUGGUUUGUAUUCAAAUAAUUCUUGUCCAGCUUAUCUAAAUUGUACAUAUUUGAAGUAGUAUCUGGUUUUUAUUUUAUUGUUAUGUUCACAGACCUGCAAUAAUAAGGUACUAUUUUGCAUCUGUAGCCCUUGCUCAUCAUUUCUUGUACAUGUACAUUACUUGUUCUUAAUGGAGUUUUCUUUUGGAAAUAUGGCUAUGUUGAAUUCAGUUUGGUUUUAUUGUUUAUUUGCCUGUUUGGCUUUGUGUAGUAUGUUUUAGUUUUGCAGAAAUUAAAAUAGUGUAGUAGACUUUUAUAAACCUUCUCACAAUAAAAGAAUAAAAGCUUCUGAUGAUUUUUUUCCUUCACAGGAAGAUAUCCUAGGAAGAGGUUGUUAGCAUAUUGAUAGUGUCAUUAUUAUAAAUAGUUUAUGACUUGAUUUUAAUAUGAAAUCUGACCAAGGAUUAUGCAUAAAAAUUGUAUAGAUCAUUAAAGCUGUGGUCUUUUCAUAUGGAGAUUGGUAGAAGGUAUUUUUGUUUUGAGUCUUAUUGGUUGGCUUUUCUGUUACAUGAUAAGAUUGUGAACCAACUAGAAACUAGAAAUGGGCUGUAGUGAAGCAGUCUUAUAGUACAGAUCUUAAAAUUAAGUUUUACUUUUUGUUUAAUUAUAUACCAUUUGCUCUGUUAGGAAUAAGUAAAAAUAAUUUUCACAGUUUCCUGGAUACAUUUGUUGUAGUGCAUCUUAAAGACUACCAGUAGGAAGUCUCCAAUUUAUCAUGCUGGGCCCGCAGAAAGACCUCUGUGUACAUGCUUUGCACUCUCCUUUGCUCCCCCUCUUCCUGUUUCUUAACUGAAAAUCAUUUUGUGGUAACACAGGAAAUAACAUUUAAAUGUCCAUGUUAAGGAUUGGCCCAUGAGUGCCAACCCCCUUCUGCUUUGUUCACAGUUGAACCGUUUGCUUUAUCAUUUCAAAAAUAAAGUACAUUUUGAGAGAAUGGGUUUAAGAAUAAUAAAGUUAAAAUAGUCCCAUUUUUAAAUUAAGUGAUUCAUUUUGAAAUUUGUAAUUCAAUAAAGUUUUGUUGUUGUUAAAUGUGUA